AUGACGACCUACAGACCACCGCAUUAUGGAAACACCCAAAAACCAUUUGUGGAUCCCACGCCGAUGCCGAACGAUGUGCCGAAGGUGUCCGAAUUAGGAGUCAGCUCGGCCCCGCUCAAGAGCGCCUCCUUCUACAUCGGAUCGUUCUGCAAACCUUACUCCGAGGACUUCAUGCUUUGUAAGGCCGAGGAUCAGAACCCGGAGCAUUGUUUGAAAGAGGGUCGUCGGGUCACCCGUUGUGCUCAAGAGGCGAUUACUAAAAUUAAAGCGGCUUGUUUGGAUGAAUUUACGUCGCAUUGGAAAUGUCUCGAUCGGAAUAAUCAUGGCUUUGAGUUUUGUCGAAAACCGGAAAAAGAUUUGAACGCCUGUUUGUUUCAAAAAUUGCAAUUUAAAAAAGAAAUCCCAGGAUCUCCUAGUGGUCAAGUGCCUAUCCAUGAGAAAAAGAACCCCAUCUACGGCCCCAUCCAACGAUAA